GUAUAGUACGAGUGCCAUACAAAAGCAUUUAGCGUAUUUUACAUUCAGUUAUAUCUACAAGUUUCCUCCUUGAAUUCAACGGUAUGGAUAGCUGCUUAGAAAUAUGAAUAAGUUUGCAUUGACUUGAAGUGCACGAUAGGUUACAAUACCAAACUUGCCGCCAUCGGUUUGCAGAGAAACUCCAGUAAAUCACGCGAACAUUACCGAAAUGCUGAAAAGUGCGCUUUUUGGGCUGCUGCUCGUCCUAGUCGUCUGGUAUGGCAAGGAAAUCAUAAAAUGGGGCGGUUUCUUUCGUGUGAUACACAGUCAACAGCCUGGACCGUGCCAUGCAGUCGAAGGAGUGUACGAAACAGCCGACGGAGGCCAAGGCUCGGAAGAUGUGGAAGUAUUACCCAGUGGACUAGCUAUUUUCUCUUCGGGGCUUAACUAUAUGCGCAAUCCGGCGUUAAAGCAUGUGCCGGGAAGGAUAAUGUUGUUUGACUUCAACCGUCCAGAAAGUGCAGCACGAUCUCUCAUCAUAAAAGGAUUCAAGGAUAAACUGAAUCCGCAUGGAAUCAGCAUCUGGAACAGUUCCGAUUCGAUUUAUGUGUACGUUAUCCACCACGGAAUGGACGAUACUCUCGGAGCCGAAGAAAGCGUGGAAAAAUUUCGCUUGGAUGUCUCCAAACUGGAGCUCACGCACCUUCGCACCAUUAAAGAUCCCUUGUUCACCUCACUUAACGAUUUGGUGAUGGUUGGAGAAGACCAGUUUUAUGUGACCAAUGAUUAUGUUUACCGUAAUAACUGGAUUCGGCGGUUGGAAUAUUUCUCCUUACCUUUUAAUAACAUCAUUUAUUUUGAUGGCGAGGAUGGCUACCAAGCCUCCACCAAACUUCGACGUCCGAAUGGUAUAAGCGUUUCUCCAGAUCGCCGGCACGUAUAUGUCGCUGAGUCUGGAGCAGGGCGCAUCACAUCUUUCGUGAUUCUACCAGAUAAAACAUUAGAAAAGUUGAAUUCUCUGUACUUGGACACAUUGGUGGAUAAUGUCAAUGUCGACCAGGUGACGGGAGAUCUGUGGAUCGGCAGCCAUCCUAUCGGAUACAAAAUUUUUCUUAAGGUCAUGUUUCCGGUCGGGUCUGUUUCGCCCAGCUUGGUUCUCCGUGUUCGCGUACGUGGAGGAGAUUUUCUGGAGUCUACGCAAAUUUAUGCAGAUGACGGGCAUCAACUCAUCGCUUCCGGUUCGGCUGUCCGUUAUAACGACGCCAUACUGAUUGGAACCCCAACUCAUAAACUUAUGUAUUGUAAAUGCUUAAUUUGUUAAUUCGUGAUUAUUGUAGCCCCAAAAUGUCAGGGUUUUGUUUGGUUACAGUACUGCAUUUAAACUACAGUAUAGUUUUUGACUAUUGUUAUUUGUUAACGAGAAAAAUGGUUUCGUUGAUGCUACAGUAAAACCUGCGUACACAC